GAAUGGGUUGGGGUGGAACAGUCCUGUAAUGAUUCUAGAGACACUCAGCAUCAUAUGGCUUCAGACCAUCAUGGAUACCCACCUUUAAAUAUGCACGUAAACAUGAAGGAGGAGAGGACCAAAGAGCAGGACUAAACCGAUUUUUGAUGCUUUUAACCAGUCUUCCAGGAAAGAAGCUUCACCUAUACACCACAGCAGGAGCGCAGAAGGGAAAAGAGAGAGCGAGUGGGAGCAGUGUUAGGAAAAAUGCUCUGCCAGAUUGAUCUCAUUUAACACAUAAGCAAGGAAAUACUGUCAUUUCAUUUGGAAAAUAUGAUCUAGAGGAAGGAUUUAACAUCAUCCUUGCUUUGAGGCUAUGGAUGUCGUCCUGUAUUUCUGCAUUUUUGUGAGCCGGCGCGGUAUGUUUGGGGGCCGUGUAAUGUCUGACUGAGUGUAUCAAUGCUGCUGCUGUGUGGAUCUCUUUGGCUGUGGAAAAAAACUAGGCCUUGUUUGCCUGCUGAUCUCCACGCAGGGAACGCGGGACGCGGCUGUGUGCCUCAGCCUGUUGGGACUGUGCAGAGAGGAAGGGAGAAGCUCACCAUCUGCAUGCCUGUUGGAAGUAGCAUGCACAAUAAAGACAUCCAUUACCAAAGGCCAUGCACAAACAGGCAGGAGCUGUAACACCAGGACAGUAGCCUGGUAGAUUCUUCUUCACCCCUUUAAAUCAUCUGAACUUACAAGCACUGUUUUAUUCUAUGCGUUCCAUAUCUACUUGAAGGACGGGGGGAGUACUGCUGUAACACUUCCUGUCAAGUUUAUCACUGUCUUCCUUUUUUGCUCACCAAUUGCAAUUUUUCCACUUGACGUUCUGAAUAUUUGCCAAAACCUGUUUCAUGCAUGUCCACUGGAGGCAGGUUUGACUUUGAUGAUGGGGGGUCGUACUGUGGAGGGUGGGAACAAGGCAAGGCGCAUGGCCGAGGGAUCUGCACAGGGCCUCAGGGCCAGGGGGAGUAUGCGGGGGCAUGGAGCCAUGGAUUCGAAGUUCUUGGAGUUUACACAUGGCCCAGUGGCAACAGUUACAAAGGAACUUGGGCACAGGGCAAGAGGCAUGGCAUUGGCGUGGAGAGCAAAGGGAGGUGGGAGUACAAGGGGGAAUGGACACAAGGGUUCAAAGGCAGGUAUGGGAAGUUGGAAAGCACUAGCAGCGGUUCCCGUUAUGAAGGCACCUGGAGCAACGGUUUACAGGAUGGAUAUGGCUCAGAGACCUAUUCGGAUGGAGGCACUUACCAGGGCCAGUGGUUGAGUGGUAUGCGUCAUGGCUAUGGAGUGCGACAGAGUGUGCCUUAUGGCAUGGCAGCCAUCAUCUUCUCCCCUAUGUGCACCUCCAUAAACUCCCUACGAUCCGAUCACAGCGAAGGGGCCCCCACUCCAGAAGAUGGCUCUGGUGUCAGUGGGUUAUCUGGCAGCCCAGUGGGGCGUAGUGGCUUUGUACUUUGUGCUCACAGUGAAGCAGACAGGCACAGGAAGAGGAAAGGCCGCUUCCGACAGUCCAUACUGAGUGGUUUAAAGUUGCGGAGGUCUGAGUCCAAGAGCUCUCUGGCCAGCCAGUUAAGCAAGCAGAGUUCCUUCUGCAGCGAGACAGGUAUGAGCACAGUCAGCUCAGCUGCCUCAGACAUCAACUCCAAUGUCAGCUUAGUUGAAGUGGAGGCAGGGGGCAGUGUGGAUGCCACUGUAACCGAAACAUAUGCUGGGGAAUGGAGGAAUGACAUGCGAUCAGGGUGGGGCGUAAGUCAUCGUUCAGAUGGACUUCACUAUGAAGGUGAGUGGUUUGCGAACAAGCGACAUGGCUAUGGCUGCACCACCUUUCCUGAUGGAACCAAGGAGGAGGGAAAAUACAAGCAGAAUGUUCUGGUGAGUGGAAAGCGGAAAAACCUAAUACCACUCCGUACCAGCAAAAUCCGUGAAAAGGUGGAUCGUUCUGUGGAAGCUGCCGAGAAAGCUGCAGACAUAGCAAAGCAGAAGGCUGAGAUUGCAUUGUCCAGAAUGAGCCAUGCUAGAGGAAAGGCCGAAGCUGCAGAUGGAGUCGCACAGAGAGCCCUGGAGGAGUGUCGUCUGGCCAGGGCUAUAGCCAAAGAACUUUCCCCCUCUUUCCAUCUCUAUGGGAAUGGACUGGAGUGCCAGAGACCAAAGCAUCAAGACAGGAAAGAAAAAGACCUAGAGGUGGUCUCGACUGGCACAGACAGCCUUGAACUCUGCACACCAGACACAACACCCCCAGCCCAAACACCUGACCUGAGCCCAGUUUUGAGCAGCCCCUCCUCACCCCCCUGCAGCCCACCUACUCAUCGCACUAGGAAUGCUUGUUUCAUGAGGCAGAGUGCUGUGGAUGAACAAGGAGGGGCAGAAAUUCAAGUUCUAGUUGAAGGUAGAGGCAUGGACACCAAGAGAGGUGGGGCCAACAGUUGGACUGCUGAGAUGUAUCCUCACAGAAGAGGAAGCAAAGGGGAAAGCAGUCGCUCCACAACUCCAUCCCUGCUUGAAGAGGAGAUCGGUCACGUUAAUGGACAUGAGAAUUCCUCAACUCAUCACCCAUGGGAGAACGGCUCCUCUAAUCACAAGCCUAUCGAGCAUAUGGCCCCCGAGAAGGUGUGGGAUCAAAUGUCCUCCAAUCAAAAGCCCCGGAAGCAUGUUUCCUUAAAUAAAAAAUCCAGGGAACAUACAGUUUCCAGGGAACGAGACCGGGAGCAUAAACCAUCCAAUCACAAAUCUGUUGAUUGCGACUCUUCCAAGUUCAAACCACAGGUGCACAUAUAUUCCAAUCACAAGUCAGCAGGUCAUAAUUUAUCCAAUCACAAGACUAAUGAGCAUGCUUCCACCAAUCACAAACCAAAGGAGUUUAUUUCUGCACACGAGAAACCACAUGUUUCUUACUAUUAUAACCCCCAAGAGCAUGUCUACUCCAAUCACAAGCCAAGCAAGUCCUUUACCAAUCAUACGAUUGGUGAGUCUAGCUUGAAUGCAUACCAGCUGUCAGACCGUGGAGCCAACAAUUCCACUCUGGAAUGGACUGCUGAAAACAAUUCCCAGUGGAUCUCUUCCCAUUCACAUCUGCAGGAGAAAGAAGGGGGAAAUGAUUAUCGGGUUGAAAUGAGGUUCCAGCCCCUAGACUCUGUUUCCCAUCACAACUUUGGCUCUGGCAUGAAAUGCUCGGGUCUCCAGGGGCACAAUAUGCAGAGACUACGUCAGCGAAACCAUGAAGGCAAAGAAUGGGGUCUUGCAGCCAGGGAGGGGUCCAUGGACUCUGUGCAGAUGCUCGACAGCUUGAAUGUUGGGGUUGACGUGGAGGAAUGGCCUUUGAACAGGGACAUAACUCUUUCACCCCCUUUAAUGUCUUCACCAGAACCACUGGAACAAGAAGGAGAGCGUCUGAACCUGAUAAAGACAAACUCAGGCUCCAGCUCUCUCCUGGUGGUCAUGGUAAUAUUACUCAACAUUGGUGUAGCCAUUUUGUUUAUUCAUUUCUUUAUUUAAUCAUAUGGCCUAUAGAAUGUCAAUAACAGCAUUGAUCAUCAUCAAGAGUAAGAUAUGCACACAAUGCACACUUAGCACCACUUCUUAAUACAGUAAGGAACCCACAAAUCACAAUAGUAAAUGUCUGUGUAAGCUGGGCAAGUCCAUGUAAAUUGUAAACUUCUUUAUGGUUCAAUUUAUUGUAUAACUCCAUUAUAAUCCAUUAUUUAACUUUGCUUACUUUUUCCUCCAUUCAUAAGAAAGGUCCAUUUACAGUAUUCUGUAGAACUGAAGUAUUACACACAUUUAGUUUUUUUUUUUUUUUUUAUAUACAGCUCGUCUGAUAUGUUUUACUACAUAUUUAACAGUUACAAAAGAUUAUUUCACACUUUUUUUUAAAUGCACAUAAGGCCAGAGACAUUACUGAGUAACGGGACUCUGAAGAUUAAUGUGCAAAGAUAGUCAUGUGGUUUUAUGUACUAUGAUAUAGUUGAUGUAAGAUGGGAUUCACACUUAUAAUCAAGACUACAUGCCCUUCCCCCCCUAACUGUAUUCCAGGGUACAGCCCUGUAUAAUCGCUGCAGACGCUCAUUAUGUCAUCCAUAGAAAUCAACUCUCUCAUCUACCCAGAUUUGACGCACCUGUAAGUCUGUGGUAACAGCUAUCUUAAAGGGCUUCAUCAUAGUGUAUUCCCAUUAAACUCAAACUUUUUUUGAAUCGGAUAAGCCUGCAGAAUUCUUUCCACACUUAUGAAUCCCGCCUCAUUGAAUUUCAGCACAAUCCAGUCAUGUAGUUUGUUUUGACUCACCAAUAACACAUUCAACAUUGAAACACUGCUAUGCCAAGCUCACUUCUAAAGAACAUUCUGUGUUUUCUUGUACACCACAUGAUGUCACAUCUGCUUAUAGGACAUAAAAGUACAAGAGAGGUGAAGCAGUGGCUGAGUAUUCCGGCUCAUACUCGAUAAAGUCUGAGACUGUUACCUUAUGACCACUGCUUUCAAUAUAUAUUAUUCUAUAUUACUGAACAGUUAACAUAUUUUAACAGGUUCGCAAGAUAUCAUUGAUAUGCUGAGUGCCUUUUUUAAUUGAGAAACCAUCCUUGUGAGCAGGUUAUGUACUGAUGACAGUGGUCACAUGAAAUGGUCUCUCUCCCACCCCACCUUUGAACAAAUCAAGUUGGCUUAAGAACUGAGCCUAAGCCUGUGGAGAUUUUUACAGCAUGUUUGUAAGCCUGUUCUCUUCUGCUGUUACUCUGUGUGAUUUUCUGCCUGUCACUCUGUCCAGCAACUUAGAUAACAAACUGGGACUGAAAGCAGUGUAAAAAUACCAGCUUAUGUUUCUCAGUGGGACCUGACUGACAUUAUCUAAAUUAAUGAAUGAUAAACUGCUAUUGUACAUUUUAUACUACUCAUCCAGUGAUAUAAAGUUGUGAGAUCAUCGCAUGCCUAAGCAUGCCCUUUCUUACGCAAUGAUUUAUGAGAUUGUUUCCAAGUUAUGUGGAAAUUAAUAAAAUGUUUGAGGUUA